AUGAGCUUGCUGUUUGGUGAGUGUACUGCUGCCAACCAGAAAUUAGAAGCCCCCAAAUACCUGCGCUGUUACCGAUGCCUCCUGGAAACCAAAGAACAGGGCUGUCCUCUGGGAUCUGACAUCUGCCUCAGCCCAGUUGGCGGUGCCUGCCUUACUCUCCACAUAAGGAACAGCAGCGGUUCUGAUGUGAUGGUGAGCGACUGCCGGAACAAGGAGCAGCUGAGUGACUGCACAAAUACCCGCCCUUCACCUGUUUUUGGCUUCUGGAUAUUUGCUCAAUGCUGCUUUAAGGAUUUCUGCAAUAACCCCGAAAACAGACGACAGCUUCUUCAAUGAUCA